AUGUUGGGAUACCAAAACGUCGUUGGGGGACGGCUGAAGCUGAAGGGUAAAGCGCUAGACGUGAAAGAUGGUGGAGUAAAGAAAAAGAAGAAGAAGUACCAGCGUGAGGAGUCGUCUCAGACUGAAUCUGAUAAGAAUACUGAAUCUGAUAAGAAUGUAGAUGAAGGGAACGCACAUCCUGACUAUGAACAUCUCACACCAGCAGAGCGCCGCUACAUGGAACAGAAGCAGAAGAUCGACAUGCAGAAGAUGGCCAAAGUCGCAAACAAGUCGUACAAGGACCGCAUGCAGGACUUCAACCAGUACUUGGCUAACCUGAGCGAGCACUAUGACAUCCCCAAAGUUGGUCCUGGCUAA